AUGAUUUUUCUUCGCCGCCACAUCAAUGAAGCACUGAAAAAUGAAUAUGUUGUGGUUGAUGAACCGUUGGUUCUGUGGAAAAUUCUAGGUGAAAUAUACAAUCACCAAAAGACAGUGACUCUUCCAAGAGCCAAAUACGAAUGGACACACCUGAGAUUUCAAGAUUUCAAGACAGUGCCCGAGUACAACUCUGCUAUGCAUAGAAUCACCUCCUUGAUGAAGUUAUGUGGUGAAAAUAUCUCUGAGGAGGACAUGCUCGAAAAAACUCUGAGCACAUUUCAUGCCUCAAAUGUUCUCCUACAACAGCAGUAUAGGUAUAGUGGUUUCACAAAGUACUCGGAACAUGUAUCUUGCCUAUUGUUAGCUGAGCAGAAUAAUGAGCUCCUAUUGAAGAAUCACCAAUCUCGCCCAACGGGCUCAACACCACUUCCUGAAAUAAAUGCUGCAUCUCAGGAAGUGAAUGCCACUUCAUCUCGUGGCAGUAUCCACAAACGUGGACGAGGAGGCAAGCAAGGGAGUAGGAGAGAUCAUGGUGCCCGUCCAUAUGGCUUGAGUCCAAGAAGCCAUCCAUCCACGAAUGGCAAAAAUACAUCCAGAAAUAAGGGGAAGGCACAGACAAGCCAUGUGCCUAGAAAUGUUGAAAGCAUUUGUCACAGAUGUGGUGCAAAGGGACAUUGGGCGAGUACAUGUCGUACGCCGAAGCAUUUGGCGGAUCUCUAUCAAGCUUCACUUAAGAACAAGAAAAUGGAGACAAAUUACAUUGAUCAUGCUAUACCAGAUCCGCCAGCCACAGAUGAUCCUCGGAAACAUCACGUCAGUUAG